AGCCAGCGCCAUUGAGGUGAUUGACUAAAGAUGCGCGAGUAGCCCGGGAAACAUGAGUAGCAACGUGAAGGAGUGGUUUAGAAAUGAGGUUCACUUCUGGCGGUGUGUGCACACCAUCGAGACAGUUCUAGCCGUGCAGUUCAUUCUCACCCCGAUCGCUUUGGUGUUCCUCCAGUUCAACGUGUUUUGUCCGUUCGACGGCUUCAUCGGUUGGCUGACAUCAUUCACAAACUCACCAUGGUACCACAUUUGCUUGCUUGGUGCGGUUUUCAUUCUAGCUAUCUAUCACGUCACCUGCGUAAAUGUGGUUCCUGUGGUACAUGUGACACGCCUGGCACAAGUGGUCCACUUUGGGCACCCACGUAGCCAAGGUCAUGCCAUGUUGCGAGCACUUGCUGGGGCUGUCUUUGUCCGUGCACUACUGGGCAUCUCGAGCAGCCCGUAUGCCCAUCUGGACGUGCUCUGCACCCCAUCGUCGGAGGGUGAAUACUGCAUGAGUGAGGCGUACGUGUUUCUGGUGCUGCAUGGAGCGUUCACCUCUGUCAGCCUGCACUUGACCCAGUUGGCUGCGAAAGGGUCCUGCCUUGCCUUCCCUCCAAUACAGGUGGCGUCAGUGAGAAUGCACCUGCACAUCAGGUCCACUGUGCUCAGAGCUACCUGGGAGACCAUCAGGCAUGCUUACAUCUAUUACCUGCUGUAUUUUUUUCUAGGUUCCUUGCCAAGAAGUUGGAUUUAUGGUGAUGUGGAACCAACCAUAUGGAUUGGCGACCUGCAGACAAUAUGUGGUCUGGUGGACUUGCGGCUUUUCUGGGCACUGGUAGUCACUGGCACUGCUCUCAGAACUCUGGACCAGCUGGCUGUACAGAUGCGAGACUGCUUUCUCACCAAGGGCCAUGUUUUUCCUGUCAUGGUCCAAUGUGAUGCAGACAAGCCCAUGCAGCUGUCAACGGCCAUGGCAUCACGUGGCUGUGCUUUUGUGCAGUACCUGAGCUUCCAGGACUUCAGGCACCUGGCUGAGCAUUCUCGAGCACGCCGAGCACAGGUGUUUGCUGUCAGCACACCAGGCUUCCACCCAUUGCACUGGGGUGCACUUUGUGAAGCGUGCUUGGUUCCUGUGCGCCAAUUCAGCCAGGCACUGGGGCAAGUGGAUGUCCCACCGCCGACACGAACAAGUCAGCCUCCACCUACAACUUCUCAGACUUCCAAAACACCUGAGAAUCUUUCCUUCGUACGAAUGCGGCCACUGAUGGCAACAACACCACCACCAAACCCAUGGCAGAUGAUGAGUCCUGCUCAGCCGCCACCACCCCCUGCUCCUCCAAAAUUGUCACUGGCUAAUCGGGUGCUGGCUGCAUUGAAGAGCAAGCCUCUGGUGACCUACUUCAUCUCGGAGCUGCCCGAUGUCAAGAGCAGGCAGCUGUUUGCUGAUUGCCAACCUCUCAUCUGGGCCAUAGAAGGUCUUUGCUUGCUGGCAUGUGCUUCCAAGACUGAAGACCAGUAUGGUGUGGUGCAGUUCAGCCUACCCAGCAUCUUCAAUGCCCUGCUGGAGCUAGAUCAGCUUCUGGAACGCCAUGGCAAGCGUUUCUCCAUCCUGCGCCGUCCCAACAGCAGCUCAGGCCAUGAGCUGCGUUUGGGGAGGGCCUUGGCAGCUGCAGUCUCAACAGGUCUCUACCAGCUGACCACCACUUUUCGACAGCACCUCGGUGCAAUGGAUCUCACAGCAGAAAGUAGGCGACGUCUGAAGCAGUUCACAGAAUUCAACAGAUGACUUUGUUCAUUUCAAAACGAGCCUGUUGUCCCACAAUAAUUGCCAGUGCCAACACUCACUCUUGCGGGCAGAUUUUUCUACGAUUUGUACAUAUAAAUUCCUCCUAAUGUUUCUUUCUUACAUUUCUGUCAGCAAAUAAAUCCUUUCAUUAUACAUAACAA